UCUCCAUCAACACAUCUCCAAUUCCAUCACUUUCGCUUUACGCAGUCACUCUUUAUCGCUCGUCGCAGCACACACUCUCGUUUCAAUCUUCUUUCUGUUCCAUUUUCACUGUUCCAAUUUUCCAGUACCACCAAAGCCAAUCCUCAGAAAUCUUUCCAUACAUCCAAGAUGCAGAUCCAAGGCUCCACCUCAUCCAUCACCCUUGCCAUCAUCGGCUUCCUGUCCCUCAGUACCGUAACUCUUGCUGCGCCGGCGACCGCCGAGCACGCAUCGCGCGAGGUAUCCGCCAGACAGACUCCCAACGUUCCCAGCGCCAUCAACAUUGGCCUGCGCGAGAACAGCAACCCCGACCACGCCAUGUGGGUAGCGUGGGUGAACGGCGAGGACCCAUGCGAUUCGGGUCGCUACCAGGAAUUGGGCGUGUACAACGACCAAGGCCAGCCCUGCAACAUCCGCUUCUCGUUCCCCAACAAGGACUUCCAGUACAGCAUGCAGGGCUGCGGAGAGCCGGACAACAACAUUUGGUUGAUGCAGAAUGGGAAAGACAACGUCGGCUCUUGCAGAUACGCGCCAGGGAACAACCCCUGCGCUGCCGGCACCACUUUCAAGGGACAGUGGCAGUGUAUUUACAACCAGUAGAAUCACGGAGGGGUGUAACUUGUCAGGAAUAUCUUUUGCUGAAUUCAGGUUGUGGUGGGGAGGUGGAGACACAGGAUGCGAGGUAUAGAUGCAUAGAUGUAUAGGUAGGCGUAUGGGUGUAGUUGAUAUAGCGAGUGUAUACAAUCCGGAA